GCCUGGGGUUCAUUACCUGGUUUCUCAAAAUCAUCGUGAACAGUAUCUUGACUCUUCCUGUCCAUUAUUUCACUGUAUCUGGAUGGUCUGCAUCAGAGACUCACCUGCCCAGUCCGUUCCUUGCGUCCUUUGACCUGUCCCACGUUCGACUUGGCCUGCGUCUCUCCUUUCCUCGAAUAAUGAUCUGAGAUUAUCCUGCAACCGGACGAGAUCCUUUGACUCGAGCCACUCUCUCUGUCUCCCUCGUCGCCUGCGUCUCCUUCACAAGCCCUUCGUCCACAAUCAUGUCUGCCUAUCUCUCCUCCACACAAACGUCCGUUGCCGGCAGCGAUGCCCGCACGAACGUCAUCUACGCACUCGGGCGGUUGAAGGAGAAGUUCCCUGACAGGAUCAGCUGGAACGAGUUGGUGGAAUAUGUCCUUCCACAGUACCGUCGGACGGAAGAGCAGAUUAUGUACUUUCGGACCUUCCUGAGUAAGAACCCAAAGGCCGAUUACGACACAGAGACGGACACGUACAGGUACCGCCCUGAACACAAUAUCGCCUCCGGGGAUGACCUGCUCAAGUACCUCCAAGGCCAAGAGUCCGCAAUGGGCAUCAACGUCCGCGAGUUAAAAGACACAUGGCCCGAUGUGGAAUCCGCAAUCAACAAGCUCGAAGCCCAGCAUAAACUCCUCGUUGUUCGUAACAGGAAGGACAACCACCCACGCACAGUCUGGGCGGAUGAUCCGACCUUGCACGUGCCACUGGAUCAGGAAUUCAAAGAUAUCUGGUCGCAAAUUGCCCUCCCGUCCGAGGAAGACACGAUCCGGGAACUCCGUCGGAUGAACCACAAAUCUACUGGUGAACCUGCACGGACAGAUGUUGUUGCGAAGCCCAAGACCAAGAAGAAGGCGACCAGGCGCGGUCAGAAAGUCACAAAUACCCACAUGCAAGGGCUGUUUAGGGACUAUUCGGAUAAAAGACCACAAGGAAGAUAGGGUUGUCGUCUUUCGGAUUGGAAACGACUGCGGAAAAUCAAAAGUGAUGAUAUCUCUACGGCAGUUUUUGACUGGAGUAUGCUAUUUAUUUCAACAGGGCCAUGGAAUCGGUGGUCAACACUGGCACGGCCUACUGCCCGGGCAUGACGAAAAAGGAAAAUGUUAUAUUAAAUAGAAAUCGAUACCCCAAGAUCCCCUUUGACGGGACGGCGUUGGCUGGCGUUUUGUCGCAGUUGGUAUCAUCUACAAGAGUAGGUGGUCGUGGAAUUCCUACCUACUCCUUGUUGCAAGGAGGAAAACAAAAAUGAAUGAAAAGUCAAUUAAUCAUUUUCAUACGGUGUACCAAUCAAACCAUGUUUGAUUCUGA